AUGUUCGUCCUGAGGAAAUUCAUCUCUCCGAAACCGGAACUUCUUUCGUUUGGAUUGCAGAUGUUGCGCCUCAUCGGGCUGUGGGGCGACCGGCGGAACGUAUUCCGCUAUCUGCUGGCCAUAUUGUGCAUGUUGGUCGUUCUGAUCGGUCCGAAAGCCGUGCUUGGAUCCGGCAAAGAGGGCUUCGAUUCGACUGCUCGCAAUGUCGCUGAGUUGAUUUUCCUGAUUGAGGUUUGUGUUUCGAUUGGGAUUUUCGCAACCAGGCGAGCCUCGUUUGAGCGGAUGGUUGAUGUUUUGGAGCGGAUUCUUCAGCGCGAUUGGCCGCGGGAGUUGCAGGAUGAAAUUGAUCGCUUCCACCGGAAGAUGGAGCUCUUUGCUCGGAUCUAUGCGGUUUACAUUGGAUUCUUGGUGUUGCUGUACCUGGGAGCUCCGAUCGUUUCGACGGCGGUGAAGAUGAUCUGUGUGGAUGAAGUAGAAAGAAGCGAUUUCAUGUUGAUCAUCGAGGUGCAGUUCUAUUGGUUGGACAUCCGUCGGAACUUCGUCCAUUAUACAAUCUAUAUGGUUUUCUGUGUGGCGGCGGUGGUUUGUUCGGCUUAUCAAAGUGCAUUGAAAGGAUCGGUCAUCCUGGUAACGAUUCAGUAUGGUACGAAGUUGUUUGAAAUCGUUACCGGACGGAUUACCAAAAUGGCCCAAACGAAGAAGGUGGAUGAUCGCCGCAGUGAGCUUCGGCAGAUUGUGGAACUGCACAACUUGGCGCUGGAGUAUGUGGAACAUUUGGAAGCUACAGUAAGCUUCAUUUUGAUCAAUCAAAUUUUGAACUGCAUCCUGAUCUGGUGUUUAAUGAUGUUCUACGUAUCGACGAACUUUGGACCAAACGCCGCGAAUGUGAUUCUGCUCUUCGUUGUCCUGAUGGGUGAAAUGGUGGUCUAUUGUGUCAACGGGACUAUACUCAGUGAAAAAGCUCUCGGUGUUGCACACGCCAUGUAUGACUACCCUUGGUACACGGAAUCGGUUGCGAUGCAGAAAGACAUCAAAAUGAUCAUUCAACGAGCCCAGAUCCCAACCGGGAUCACCGCAGCCAAGUUCUACUAUGUGAACAUCGAACGGCUCGGGCUGGUCAUCCAAGCGUCCUAUUCGUACUAUUUGAUCCUGAAGGAACGAUUUUAA